AUGGCUCAAGAAGAUAAAAUCACACUUUUCUGGUUACCACAUUCCAGAGCUCAAAGAAUUGUGUGGUUGUUGGAGGAAUUGGGAUUGGAAUAUAACUUGCAUAUGGAGGAACGUAUUCAAGAUGUUAGGGCACCAGAAAGUUUCAAAAAAUAUCACCCAUUGGGAAAAACACCUAUUCUUCAUGUCGAGAAGCCUGAUGGAACGAUUAAGAAAUUUGCUGAAUCGGGAUUCAUAGUCCAGUAUUUGAUCGAACAUUACGAUACAACAGGUAAGUUCAACCCAACAACCGACGACGACAAAGAUUUAAUUGAAUACUUUCUCCAUUAUUCAGAAGGUACCCUUCAACCUUUGUUGGUUGGUUUGUUGGUUAACAACGUUGCUGCAAAAUCUGUUUCUUUCCCCAUCAGUUUGUUGGUGAGAACAGUCGUUGGAAAGAUCAACCUGGGAUAUUACGCUCCUGAAGCUGAAAAAAAUGUGAAGUACUUAAAUGACUUCUUAAAAGCUCAACAUGCUAAAGGUAGAAAAUGGUUUGUUGGAAAUAAGAUUUCUGCUGCUGAUAUUAUGUUGUCAUUCCCGGUUCAAAAGGUAAUUGUUGCAAAUGGUGGUGCAACUGUUAAACCAAUUAAAGAAAGCUAUCCUGACAUGUAUCAAUACUUCCAAUUUAUAACCUCGGAACCAGCAUGGAUCAGAGCUGCGGAAAAGGUUAAUGGACACGAUCAUGUUGUCAUCAAUGGCAAAAUUUAA